AUGGAGUCAAGUUCUAGUGAUCUUUCCUCUUCUACCCAACCACCUUCUCUGCCAAAUUUUCUUUGUAAAGUAUGCCUUCGCUCAUUUCAUUCAGAACGUGGCUUGUUACUACAUCGCAAAACUAUCAGUAAAUAUAAUAGACUUACAGAACAUAUUGACAUGUUGCUGUCACAAACUAUUAAAGAAUUUCAGGAAAUUUUUGUAUAUUAUAUUCAUAAAAAAUUAAGCAAAAAUCAUACCAAGGCUGGGCGUCAAACGGUUUCUUUUCCCUGUACAAAGAGUCAGGAGUUGGGGAAAAAACAAUUAAAUUAUAUUUUUAAUGACGAACAAUGGUCAAUAAAACAUUAUGACCAAGGACAAAAAACAUACAUAGUCUUACUAGAUCAAUCAAAUGGAUCGCGUAAUUUUUCUGCUGAACACAAUAGAGUAAAAACAAGCGAAACUAAUCCUUUAGUUGUACUUGCUAAUCAAAGAGCAUUUGGCAAGAAAAAUAUAAAAAGAAAAUCUCGUUACAAAAGAGGGGAAGUUAUUAUUGAGUGGAGGGAAAGAAAGGAUCAUGAAAUUAAUGAUAAUUUUUGUUAUGCUGGACAUAUUACUAUGAAUUUUUAUAUAUCUCAAAUUAGAAGUCUAAAUUGA